GUCGGUUCGUCGGUUCGUUUCGUUGGUAUCCAUGUAGAAUCUAGAAUUAAGUUGUCGUUGUUUUAAUAUUAAAACAUAGUAAUGGAGGUGUUAACUAUCUUAAACCUAAGUAAUGUAUACAGUGAAAUAUUCUUAUGUACUUCAUCCCGAAUAAUUUCGGCUAAAUAAUUAUUUGUGAAGGACAUCCGUUGCUGUAAAGAUCACCUUUAUCGGAACUGGAUUUAUUGUAACAAUUACCUCAUUCCUGUUCCUGUUAGUUGCGUUUCGGCUAGUACAUGUGGCUUACCCAAAUGGUCAUUACAUUUUUAUGUACAAAUCAGAUAUGUACAUUGCUGUUUAUAAAAAACACUCCCUGUUAAGGAACAUUGUAAGUAAAACUAAAAAACUUUAAACAGUGUUGAUGUCAACUAAUACAUAACAUGAAUAAUAGAGUUGAGAAGCCGACCACUAGCAGUAGCAAACUACACAAAGUAAAGAAGCCUCCAGGUAUUUCCAAGAUUAGUCCAAAAAUAUUUAGAAACAUGACAAGCAAAGUUCCUCCAUCCCUCCAUGGCCAACAAAAAGAAGAAAGUUUUGUUUUUCAGGAACCUGAAGAAGCUAUGAUACUUAGACCUACAAGGGAGGAAUUUGAGGACCCUCUUGUGUUUAUUGCAACAAUAAGACCCUAUGCAGAAAAGUAUGGAAUAUGUAAAAUAAUACCACCUGCAGACUGGAGACCAUCAUUUGCAGUUGAUGUUGAUAACUUUAAGUUUACUCCUAGGGUUCAACGAUUAAACGAACUUGAGGCAAAAACCAGGAUAAAUUUUAAUUUCUUAGAUCAAAUAGCCAAAUUCUGGGAUCUACAAGGAUCAUCUCUUAAACUCCCUAUGAUCGAAAACAAGCUCUUGGAUUUAUAUACCUUGCAUUGUAUUGUGGAAAAAUGGGGUGGAUAUCAAAACGUACUCAAAGAUAAAAUGUGGCAGCAAGUUGCACAAUUAAUGGGCCUCCCAAUGAAAAAAGGUGUUGGAGCUAUGUUGAAACUGCAUUAUGAAAAAGUGCUGUACCCAUAUGAUUUAUUCAAAUCUGAUCAAUCCAAUGAUGUAAAAUCAGACAAAAAGGCUUCAUCAGACUUAAAAUUUGAAGGUAACAAUGUAGAUAAAAGAAACAAAGACUAUAAGCCGCAUAGUAUUGAAAGCCGAAUGCAGAUUAAACCGUCCCCUGAGGUAAACCCUAGGAGAACAAAUAGAUUCGACAUAGAUGAACUGUCAAGUUAUACUUGUGGUAACUGUCAUCGUGGUGAUGAUGAAGAGUGCAUGCUACUUUGCGACGGUUGUGACGAUAGUUAUCAUACCUAUUGUUUAAUACCGCCUCUCGUGGAAAUACCAGAAGGAGACUGGAGGUGUCCCAAAUGUGUGGCCGAAGAAGUCUCCAAGCCUAUGGAAGCAUUUGGAUUCGAACAGGCCAAGAGAGAGUACACACUUGAAAAGUUUGGGGAGAUGGCCGAUCAAUUUAAGUCUGAGUAUUUUAAUAUGCCUGCACAUAAAGUACCUCUCGAAACGGUAGAACAAGAAUACUGGCGUAUUAUGUCAACAAUUGAUGAAGAUGUAACAGUUGAAUAUGGAGCAGAUUUACAUACCAUGGAUCAUGGUUCUGGUUUUCCUACAGCUAAUUCUGCAAAUUUAUCAGAACUUGAGAAACAGUAUGCGGAAUCUGGGUGGAAUUUGAAUAAUUUGCCCGUUUUACCAGGAUCUGUACUAGGUCACAUCAACGCAGAAGUAUCCGGAAUGAAAGUGCCUUGGAUGUACGUCGGAAUGUGUUUUUCCACAUUUUGUUGGCAUAACGAGGACCAUUGGAGUUAUUCGAUCAAUUAUUUGCAUUGGGGAGAACCUAAAACUUGGUAUGGAGUUGCUGGUAGGCAGGCAGAAGAUUUCGAAGAAACUAUGAAGUCAGUAGCACCAGAAUUAUUUCAAGCUCAACCUGAUUUACUUCACCAAUUAGUUACAAUAAUGAACCCAAACAUAUUGAUGAACAAUGGUAUUAAAGUGUAUAAGAUGAAUCAACAUGCUGGUGAAUUUAUAGUAACGUUUCCUCGGGCCUAUCAUGCAGGAUUUAACCAAGGGUAUAACUUUGCCGAAGCAGUCAACUUCGCUCCCGCUGAUUGGUUAAGCGUAGGUCGUGAAUGCGUUUUACAUUAUUCUAAUUUGGGAAGAUUCUGUGUUUUCUCCCAUGACGAAGUUGUGUGCAAGAUGACAUUGAAUGCCUCGCAGUUAGAGUAUACCCUUGCAGUUGCUACUUAUAGUGAUAUGUCAGUGAUGAUAGAAAUAGAGAAAAAAUUGAGACAGACUCUAGCAGAUUCGGGCAUUACAAAAUCGACUGCAGAACCGUUUGAGUCACUUCAUGAUGACGAAAGGCAAUGUGAAAUUUGCAAAACCACGUGUUUCUUAUCCGCCAUUACAUGUGCGUGCUCUAUCGACAAACUAGUUUGUCUUAGACACUUUAAAAAUUAUUGCGAAUGUCCCCCUAAUAGUAAAACUUUGAGGUACAGGUACAGUAUAGACGAACUUUCAAAUAUGCUUCAAAACUUGAAGAAGGUGAUAACAGAAUCGCGUGAUACCUGGAUUGUAGUGUAACGUGAGGUUUAAACUAGAGAUUACCAAAGAAAUAUUAAACAGUUUGCUCGAGAGUUUCGUCAAGAAGCUAAUAUUAGAAGGUUUCUCAAGUCUGGUUUUGAGAAAUUUAUUGCUGAACUAUAAGUACUGAAAUAUAUACUAAAGUUAUGGAAGAAAUACGUCUCUAAAAUGUUCGCUUGACAUUUGACUGAUUAUAGGGUAGCCCUCGUAUUUCUCUAUAGAUCAUUUUACGUUAAGGACAGAACGUUGAUUAGAUAGGCCAAUGUAUUUCUUAUGGACGAUAGAAGCGCAUCGAUGCCGCUUCUAUCGUAUCGAGAACGAAUCGUAUAUAGGCAGUCUAAUAGCAAUACGUACCUAAAAAUUUUGGCAACAUGGCAUGAUUUGCAUAAGCCAAACGUUCCGUACUUAACGUGAAAUAAAGUAUAGGUAAGUUUAAAGGGUGAUUCAUUUAGAGGUACUUUUUUUGGUGGGGAUUUGAUUUAGACGGAGAGGCAGCGCUGAAAAAUCUCUUUGAAUUUACUAAAGCUAAAUUUUUCACAGUUGAUUACUGUGAGUGUGUAGAGAAACAUACUGCGGUCGGUCAAGCGAAACGUAGAACAGGGGUUACUGAGAGGGUAUCAAAGUUGCUUUCCUACGAAGGUAAUUAAAUCCAUUUACUAAGGCUGAAAAUCAGUACACACAUUCUAAAUUAAAUAUAAAUAAAAGUUAUUAUAGUCGGUCAGCUGUAUGACGGGACAGAGCCGGUCGGUUGGCCCCAAUGAAUGUACAGGGUUAUUCACUAUAUUUUGACCCCCUUGUAAACUGCUUUAUUUACAGAAUUAGAAAAAAAUGUAAAAUACAAAAGUUAUUCGAUUUUUAAUUAUUAUUUUUUGAUAUUAAUAUCGUACUAGUGACGUCAUCCAUCUGGGCGUGAUGACGUAAUCGACUAUUUUUUUAAAUGGGAAUAGUGAUCGUGUGCUAGCUCAUUUGAAUGGUUAUUUAAUUCUUUAUACAGUACUAUAAACAUUAAGAUCAUUAUUUAUACAGGUUGUGCAAAAAUUUUUUUUGAAUUAUUAAUCAAUUAAUUUAAUUUAGAAUUUUUUUUGAACACCCUGUAUAAUUAAUCAUGUUAAUGUUUAUAUUACUGAAUAGGAAAUUGAAUAACCUUUCAAAUGAGCUAGCACUCGACCCCUAUUCCAAUUUAAAAAAAUAGUCAAUUACGUCAUCACGCCCAAAUGGAUGACGUCACUAGUACGAUAUAUAUGUCAAAAAUCACAAUUUAAAAAUCGAAUAACUUUUGUAUUUUACAUUUUUUUCUAAUUCUGUAAAUAAAGAAGUUUACAAGGGGGUCAAAAUAUAGUGAAUAACCCUGUACAUUCAGUGGGGCCGACCGACCGGCUCUGUCCCGUUAUACAGCUGACCGACUAUAAUAACUUUUAUUUAUAUUUAAUUUAGAAUGUGUGUACUGAUUUUCAGCCUUAGUAAAUGGAUUUAAUUACCUUCGUAGGAAAGUAACUGUGAUACCCUCUCAGUAACCCCUGUUCUACGUUUCGCUUGACCGACCGCAGUAUGUUUCUCUACACAAUCACAGUAAUCAACUGUGAAAAAUCUAGCUUUAGUAAAUUCAAAGAGAUUUUUCAGCGCUGCCUCUUGGACUAAUUGGAGAUCGUGCAUGAAUCGUAUCACGUUGCGUUUUUAUUCAGUAUUGUUUGACAUUUCAUCCUAAAAAGACUUAGCCCUUCACAGCGUCUAGAAAUUAUUCAGUUGUAUUACGAAAAUAGGCGUUCUAUGAGGAAUGUGUUUCAAGCGCUUAGAGCAACUUAUGGUCCACAUAGUUGGCCUACCUAACGCACAAUUCGCUAUACCAGUAUCAGUAAGUUUGAAACCCAGUUUUCACUAUUGGAUAACACGCUGCCAAAUAGACCACGUUCAGCACGUACUGAAGAGAAUAUAGCGGCGGUAGCGGAUGGUGUCCGCAAAAAUAAUGAAGAAUCGAUUCGUCGCGGUUCCUAACAGCUUGGCUUGUCGUAUGCAUCAAGUUGGCGUAUUUUACGUAAGGAUAUUGGUUUAAAAGCAUACAAAAUUCAAGUAGUGCAAGAUCUGAAGCCAAUUGACCUUCUGUGUCGUCUCCGUUUCAGUCGAUGUGCUCUUGAUAAGCUUGCAGAAGGUCCACUGUUUUCAAAAAAAAAAUUCUGCUCAUUUUUGCUUAAUGGAGACAUAAAUAAACAAAAUAUCUAUAUUUGGGGUGAUUAGCAGCCCGAAGAGGUUCAAGAGUUGCUAUUACAUCAAGAAAAAAACAACUGUUUGAUCUGGUUUCUGGGCCGGCCGUAAGAAUCGUCGUGGAAUCUAAAACUGAGGCCGGCCAGAAUGUUACUCUGAAUGGAGACCAUUAUCGCGCCAUGAUAACGGACUACUUGGUGCCUGAAAUUUAAGCACGUCGUCCCAACAAGAUGGCGCCACUUGCCAUACAGCCAGUGAAAGUAUGGCUUUACUGCGAGAACGAUUCUGUGAGCUAUUUAUCACGCUUUGGAUCAGCGAAUUAGCCACCUGUAUCCUGUGACAUCACACCUCCAGACUUUUUCCUUUGGGACAACUUAAAGUCCAAAGACUACAUGAAUAAACCUGCUACGAUUGAGGUAUUGGAGACAAAUAUUACUCCAGUCAUUGGUCAAAUGCCAAUCGAAAUGCGUCAUCGAGAAUUGGAACUUCAGAAUGGACCAUGUUAACCUCAUUGACGGUCAAUAUUUGAAAAAAAAUUAUCUUUAAGAACUAAUUGUUUUCUUUUGUAUGAUAGAGAUGUUCAAAUAAAAUUCAUUUUUUUUUCAUUGUCUCUUUCAAAAAGUUGCCUCUAAAUGAAUCACCCUUUAUUUUCAAGCAGCGAUGAGGCUAUAAUUUGUAAUGUGGAUUAGACGUGCAGUGUUAGGUAUUAAAUAUAUAAUGUAAAAAUAUUCGUGGACGAUAGUAAUCGUGUUUCAUCAAAGAUUUUGAGACACCAGCAUUGUACUCAUUAUUUCUCAAACCCGUAGAUAAUGUUGGUAUCAUUAUAUUGAUUAUUUAUUCUUAAGCUAUAUUCUUAUAUUUUUUUAUCGAUAUAAUCCUUCUUAAGCAUUACAUACAUCCAUCCACUACUUGUUGCGACAUAUAUUUCGCAACACAACAUCACAACUUACCUAUAUAAUUUAAGAGGCUACAUCAGCGAGUCAUCAAGACGGAAAACGCGUUCCAAGAUUGCAGCUUUAAUUUGGAAUAUUUUGUUGAGUUGUUUGUCACACAUAUACGUAAUAUAGUAACGAAUGGCGGUACAGGGCCCAAUUUGAGAAAUAUGAUGUUAUGUGGAAAUUACUGUAUAAUUAAAUAAAAUAUUACAAAAACGAGUCUGUACCGCCAUUAAGAAGAAGAAACUUUUAUCCCAUGCCUACAUUUUGUGUCACCCUGGAACUACUAAAAUCGAUUAUUUAAACUUACGUGCAUAGAAAUCGGCCCACUUAAAAAUUUGGUCAUUUUUGAUGUCUCAUAUAUCCUAAACCUGUUGGCCGAUUUAAGUGAUUUUUUGAACAUGUUAUAGCCUGAUUCUUUAAAAGUACCACUGGAAUAAUAUUAUUGCUAAACAGGUAAAUUUUCAUUGUAUACCGGGUGUAUCAAUCAAAUUGUGUUUUGUUCUCAAAGUUCGCAUCACCCUGUUGAAUAUUCUAGCAUUUAUAAAAUACUGAAAUUAAAACCCAACUAUAGCCUCAGCUUUUCUUAACAUUACGUUUUUUUAUUUAUUCGUUUGUUGGGUAAUAAAAAAGUUAGGUACUUUAACAACUAGACAUGUUCUUCAUCAAUACACGGUGUUUUUAAAUAAGUGCGACAAACUUUAAGGGGUAAUUCUGCCUGAAAAAAAAUGACAGUUGGCUUUAUAAACGUAUGUCCGCAAAUGUUUCGUUUUCGAGAUACGGGCUGUUGAAUUUUUUCUUACAAACUGACGAUUUAUUUAUUGCUUUAAAACCAGUUGAGAUAUGCAAAUGAAAUUUGGUAGGCUUUACAGAUACUUAUUGCGGAUUUUUUGAUAUAAAAUUAAGAAUUUUAUAUUCACCAUUAGCGUGCAUACGGGUAAUAUGAUCGGUCAUAUUACACGUAUGCGCGCUAAUAGUAAAUAUUAAAUUCUUAAUUGUACGUCAAAAAAUGUGCAAUAACUACGUCUUAAAACCCACCAAAUUUCAUUGGCAUAUCUCAACCGGUUUUAAAGCAAUAAAAUAAAUCGUCAGUUUGUAAGAAAUAAUUCAACAUCCCGUAUCUCGGAAACGAAACAUUUGCGGACAUACUUUUAUAAAGCCAACUGUCAUUAUUUUUUCAUGCAGAAUUAUCCCUUAAAGUUUGUCGCACUUAUUUAGAAACACCGUGUAUUGAUGAAGAACAUGUGUAGUUGUUGAAGCACCUAACUUUUUUAUUAUCCAACAUAAACGAAUGAAUAAAAAAACAGAAUGUUAAGAAAACCUGAGGCUAUAGUUGGGUUUUAAUUUCAGUAUUUUAUAAAUGCUAGAAUAUCCCACAAAGUGAUGCGAACUUUGAGAAAAAAAAAACACAGUUUGAUUGGUAUACUCGGUAUACAAUGAAAACUUACCUAUUUAGCAACAAUAUUAUUACAGUGGUAUUGUUAAAGAAUCAGACUAUAACAUGUUCAAAAAAUCACUUAAAUCGGCCAACAGGUUUAGAAAAUAUGAUACAUCAAAUAUGACCAAAUUUUUAAGUGGGCCGAUUUCUAUGCACGUAAGUUUAUAACAAGAUCUCGAACUUAACUGACUGAUUUGGCAACAGAGAAAUAGUCACCGUCAUCACAAUGUAUAUUAUCACAAUAUUGUGCCCUCGUCUUUGAUAUGGUCCAAUUCAAACAAUUAGACGUGCAUGUCAUACAUUUAAUGACCUCAUAACCCACUGGUAUAAACUUAACGGCAAACAAAUUCAACAAAUUUUUCUCAUAUAUUAGUUUUUUCGCUACUGUCAAGUUUAGCAGGAAAGCAUUGUUGACAAAUAAAAACAUAUUUAUUUACCACAACAGCUACCGGCUAUACUGUUUCUCUUAGCCAGAUGUCGCUAGACACCUACUCCAUAAACGUCAGUUGCAAUGCGGGGGGAUAAGCUCUCGGAGUUUCGUCACUUGGGGCAGACAGCAGCAGACUCUGGGGCAAAAUCGUCGAUUUAGAGUGCUGGUUUGCGCUCCCUGUUCUAAGUCAAAAAUAAGACAGUUUUGCCUUCGCAUUGCAACUGAAUAAAAAUGGUAUACAUUUUUAUUUUGUUUUAAAUUCUGUUACUUUGGUUUCUCGAUUUUAAUAUUGAUGAUGCCAGAGCUGGGCAAUACCCGGGUACAAGUAUCCGAAUUUUGUACUCUAAGUACAUUUUGAGUAGGUACUCAGUACCCAGUACCCGAGUACAUUUUCAAUAAAGUACUCGGUACUCGUACUCGUAACGUAUGGGUAAAAUACCCGGUACCCGCAAAACGCCGUUUUCAGUAUCAGUCCAUUCGUAAAGUCAAGCAAACGCCUAUUCUCUUAUGCCAUAAUAAUUAAUAGCCCUCGAAGGAAUGCUCUGAAGAACUGAUGAAACUUUGAAAAAUUAGUUAUCUUGAAAGCCAAUAAAAUUAAUCAGUGAGUGUGAGUGGUGUUAUACUGAUUACAGUAAAACCUGUGUUACCGGCCACCUUCCAAAAUCGGCCACUUUUACUUACGGCCGGUUUCAAAAUUCCACAAACCAAUUACGUAUAUGUAUAUUCCCUUAUUUAUGACCUGCUAUUUACGGUCACCUUUAUAACACGGACGCGGCCAAAUAAUAACAUAUUUUUAAAGCUCAUUUUAUGGAAAUUGAAUGUAAAUGUCGGCCAAAAUAAUUUUGUCUAUUUGUUGAUCCUAAUCUACCUAAACAGGAGAUUAAAUAACCUGCAUCGGGUCGGUGGUAGAAUAGAAUAGAAUAGAAAUAUGCUUUAUUGUCACUGAAAAUUAUACAAUUUUAUGGACAAAGCUUAACAUAGAUUCACGAAAAAGAUAUACAUAACAAUAACAAUAACAAAUACAAUUUUAUAAAAUUAGAUAAAUCGUCAAUAAAAAAAAUAUAUAAACAAGUUAAAAAAAAGUGAAGUAAAAAAACAAAAACCAAUAUAUUGCAAAAUUACUAUAAAUUGCAAAAUUGAACCUACAACAUAAUAUAAUAAAACACAAACAAAGGAACUAAUAAGUUUAAGCUGCUGUAUGUGACACCCAAAUAUAGAUAAAUACACUUUAGUUACUUGUACAUUACUGUGAUUUCUUAGUUAGUCAUUAAGAAACUCUUCUACUGAAUAAUAUGGUCUUUUAGAUAAAUGAGCUUUUGUCAUUUUACGGAACUUGAGAAAGGAUGUUGCAGAUUUAAGUUGUAAAGGGAGAUGGUUGUAUAGUUUUUUUGCGGAAUAUAGUAUAGAUUUCUUUACUAACUCAGAAGACGGGAUCGGUAAAUAGACAUCAAAAGUUGAAUUUCUGGUGGAGUAGUCAUGAUGAGGCCUUGCUGGAAAGACAUGCAUGUGUUUACGAAUUAAGCAAACAGUUUCUAAAAUAUACAAAGAUGGAAGGGUUAAAAUUUCGUGAUCUUUAAAGUAACUUCUGCAGUGGGUUGUUCUUCUGAGGCCAAACAGAUAUCUUAUUGCUCUUUUUUGUAAUUUGAAAAUAACAUCAAAUUGGGCAGCUGUACUAGACCCCCAAAAAGGAAGACCAUAUCGAAGAUGAGACUCGAGUAAAGAAAAAUAUGUUAUUUUAGAAGAUGCUAAAUUGAGUUCCUUCGAAACAGAUCUUAUGGCAUAGCAGGCCGAGGCGAGUUUCUUACUUAACAAAUCGAUAUGAAGGGACCAUUUGAGGUUGCUGUCUAAAAGAAUACCAAGAAAUUUUACAGAAUCAACGGUAGAGAUCUGGCUGCUAUUCACAAGCAGGGGUUGAAGAGCACCUUUAUAUGAUAAUGCUACCGUUUUAUCCACGUUAAAGGAGAGUAAAUUAGAGUCAGACCAGGUUUUUAUCGUAAGAAGAUCAGAAGUUAUAGUUGCAUGAAGAGUUGCAAUAGUUGAGUUGCUCCAAGUGAUACUGGUAUCAUCAGCAAAAAGAAAAAUUUUUCCAUCGAUUUUUAAAUUAGUGAUGUCAUUUAUAAAGAUCAGGAAAAGUAGAGGACCCAAUACUGAACCUUGUGGUACUCCACAUAUAAUGUUUUUGAGACUAGAGUCAGUAUCAUUUGCUCUAACCAAUUGUUUCCUAUUAUCUAAGUAAGAUUUAAAUCUGUGGUCACAAGGUUCUUAAAAUCCCAUAAUAAAAUGUCGUAAAAGCGUUGUAAAAGAGAAACGUUUGUCACUAUUUAUCAGUAUGAUUUAAAUUCACAAAAGUUGGCCGGAAAAUAUGGUGUAAAAACUCAAAUUAUCAAAAGAUAUAAAAAAUAAAAGUGAGUUGAAAAAUUCUUUAAAAAAGCUUAACAUCAAUCUGUUUUUUCCGUAGUAUAGUAUGUACCUACCUAGUUUUGUUUUAUAUUAGGAUAUUAAAGCCGUUUUAGUAGUUUCCGUUUAUGUAUAGAAUUAUAUUUGCUUUUAUUAACAAAAUAAACAAAGUUCCAAUUAUCUUUUAAGUAUUUGUGGACUGCAAAAACUGGAAAUACCGGCCACCUUUCUAUAUCGGUCAAUAGUUCCUUCAUUUUUGGUGGCCGUUACUGACAGGUUUUACUGUAUUAAUCAAUGAUCAAUUUUUAAAAUUCUUAUUUUUUUAUUUAAGUUGGAAUUGUACGUUAUUUUAUGUUUUCAUGACUCAUAAAUAAAUAUGUUUAGAGAGGCAGAGAUAAUUAUUACCUUCUUACCUUUUUUCGGGUUCUAUAUUCAAAUUUACUUGAAAUAAGUACCCGAGAACUUCGGGUAAUUGUACUUUGAGUAUUGUACUCUGAGUACUUUUUUUGAGCAAUGUACUCGGUACUCUGUAUUCGUUCCUCAAAUAUGAAAAAUACCCGGUACGCUGUACCCGAGUACAAUUUAUCAGUACCCGGUCCAGCUCUGGAUGACGCGCUGAUGUAGCCUCUUAAAUGAAUAGUGUAGUACAGAUAACGUCAACUGUACAACAAACAAUACUUUGCAUAAUCUCGCGCACAAUUGGUCUGGUAAAAAUACAGUCGUAUGCACUGUUUACUAGAUGCAGCUAGAACGUAAAAUAUAUUAAAUAAAGGUGAUUUUUCUAUGGAUGCUAUACAAUGUUCAACUUCUCACACUACUUACAUACAUUCAAUAAGAACAAUUUGUUGGCCAUUGCAGUGAGAAAUAUUUUUUCUCACGGGUUCCCCUACGGUUUAUAUACAUAUGGCCGCCGUUUCCAUGGUAACAUGCACAAUAAUUAAUGUUGUCAAAAAAACGUGUUGAAGCCAAACUUACCAGGAAUUACCUUUCAAAACUGCUUAAAAAUAACUUAAUUAGAAUUUCAAAUAAAUAACGUAUAUAAAUUUUAAGAAUAAUAAAUACCUACUAAAAUAUGUAUUUUAUUUCAAUUUAUGCAUAUAAUAUACCUAAAAGCACCUAAAUUAUUUAAGUUUGAACACUUGACAAAACCGCAUCCAUAGAAAAAGUACAGUGUACAACACAUGAGAAAAUGACAUAUUUCUCCCUCGCUUGAUUUGCGGCCCUCGCCUCGUGCCAACAAACUUCUGCGCUCGUGAGAAAUAUGUCUUUUCUCUCACUUGUUGUACAAUAUACUAUUUUUUAAUUUUCAAUGAAUUUUGAAUGUACAUAUAGUAAAAGUAUGAAAAAUGGUUAAACAUUUCAGUAAGAUAAAAGUAAAGCUAUUUGAUGGGACAAAAAACAAUAAUACCUUCAUAAUACAAUUUGCCACAACAGACAAACUGUUUUGAUUGUACAAAAGGUUUAUUCAGUUCUCGGUAUUGAUCAGUUUAAUAAAAUGUAUUGUAAAAAGUAUUCAAAUAAUAUACGAAAGUAUAAUACAGUGAGAAAUAAUUACAUACUAAUAAACAGUCCUAAUCUCAUGUGCUCAUCUGAUUAAAGAAUUUUAUUGGAAGCAUUUUAGCGAUAUAAUAAAGAUGAUGAUUGCAAAAGAAACAGAGAGUUAAUGGAAAAUGUGCUCGCUAACAUCCAUUAGUGGAUUUGCAUCUAAAGAAGAAGAAAAAUAAUAAUAAAGAUGAGUAAGACUGUGAAAAAAUGUCUGCCGAAAAUAGUACUCUCAAGAAAGCCAAAUCAAAGAGAAGGAAAGGUAGACCAAAAAAUAGGUAGAAGAGCUGCAUAUGGAAGAUAGACAAAGAAGUAACAUUCAGAACUGGAAAUAAAAAGCCUUGGAAUUAAAAUAAUUAAAACCAAGGUAUUUUAGCCCUAGGCCUCCAAGGUCUGUUGAGCUUUAUAAACACUACAUUAUCAUGUAUUGACAGGUUUAUGUAUUAAAAAAGUAACCAUCAUGCUCUGUACCUUCAUCUUUAUGCAAGGUAGAUUUCACCUAGUACUGUACCAGCGUUAAACUGAUAUGGAGUUAGACUGUUACGAUGGUUAGGCUUAGAGCAAGUUCAGAAUUGCUGAAAAUUAGAAUUAGAAAUUAUGAGAGUGAAGUCUUUGUAAGCAGUAGAAGAUGGUCAAAGAGGACAUAGGGUGAUACUGUUAGAUCUAACUGUUAUGAUCCCAAGAUAGACAUGUAAAAUAUACUAUAAAAGAUAGGAAAUACAAAUUUUUUCAUAAUUUCGACUGUUUUUUUUUUGUGUGAUGUAGGUAUCUUGGUUGUAAAUAUUUUGUAAAUACAUUCGAUAUUUUUUUAUUUAAAAUAUAUUUAAAUAGUUUUAAGUUGAAUCAGCAAAGACUAAUUAGAUAGUUACAUAAUAAUAAUUAACCUUUAAUUAGAAAUAAUAUUGUGUAAAGAUUUCGCAAUUAUAUUUUUCGAUUUUGUAAUAGGUCUGUUCAUUUCGCUUGUCAAUUUAUGAAAAAAGUUUUUUUGAAAGUUGUAUCGAUUCUCUAUUUUCAAAAAGGCUAUCACACUUCCAGCUGGCCAAAAAGUUGCUAUUACAUUCUUUGUAUUAUUAUUUUUUUAAUUUACCUAUAUAUUUAUUUAUUUUUAAUAAAAUUUGUGGCAGUAGUA